CUAAAAUGAUUCCGAUUUAAAAUUUUGUGCAAUUUCUAAAAUUGUCAAUUGGACGGCUUAGACAGAAAGUGACAAAAAAAAAAUCAUUUCUAUGUCUAAUCUUUUGAGUUCCUCUCAAUUUUCUAUUAUUUUUAUAUAACGUGAAUGCUUAAUGGAUGAAUUUGGAGGAAAUUUACAUAAAGAUCGGACUAAAAUAACCAUUUGUUACACAUCCAAACCUGUGUUACCAAAUCAUGCAAAACAAAACUUUUGUAAUCGGUUUGUUCUGUUACCCCUGAUUACCUUUUAUGUGUUUGAAAUCACUGGAAAUAGCGUAUUGGAAUUGGAAUGAUUCGAACAUUUGGGCCGGGCUGAACAAGGCUGGAUUGGAGGUUUUGGGCCCAAAUCUGAAAAUUAUGGGCUCUAUAUGUCUAUUGAUCCCAUCCCAGUAGCGGCGCUGACGGACACGUUUCAUGUCGCCAACAUUGCAGGAGUGGACACUGGACUAACAGGUGCUUCUCUCUUCCUUCCCAUUCCCGAUCCUCGCCGGGAAAUCCUCCAGAAUCCAGAUCCCCAUUUCUUCUUUAAUAGCCUCAAGCCCUCAACCAAUCAAAUCCUCAACACUAUACUUCUCCCAAAAUGGAAGGCAUCUCUCCCACCGUAUACACCAAAAUGAAACGCUACUGGAGGCGGCAGGGCUACCGCCGCAUCCACGGCGGUUCUUCUUCCGCCACUUCGACCAGGAUCGAGCAGGUCGAGCUCGGCGGUGGGAGGAGGAGGCGGAGGAUGACGUGGCGGAUCAAGAUCAAGCCCAAGCUCAAGUUCCUCCACAAACUCUCUUCACCGAAGAAGUUCUUCAUCUGGCUCCGCGACGCCUACGUCAGGAUGAUGCUCGGAUUCGCCAACUCCGCCGGCGGCGGGAUGGUCGGCGCCGCGGGUUACGGCGGCGACGGGGUCUCGUCGUUUGGGAGGAGGGCGGUUAAGGAGUACGAUGAGAAGAUGAUCCUCCAGAUCUACAAGUCGCUUGUCAUGGCUGAGUCAAAUAGCCAUCAAUUGGCGCCUUCUGGAGGCGGCGGAGCUCCCAACAAAUUCGGAUCUGGCUCUGGCUCUGGCUCUGGCUAUUCUCCUUCCGUCGCGGCUAAGCUUGCUGCUGUUGCAGAGUAGUAGCAGAGUAUCACCCGGUUGCAAUUAAAAUUGAAGGGAAAGGUCAACUGAAUUUUGACAUCCCAGAUCUAAAAGCCUUCUCCGAUCCCGACUCCAUGGAAGAUUCCGCGGUCCCCGAACUUCUCUAUUCGUCUUUCUUCCUCGUCAGAUCAAAACCCAGCAGCGGAGAGUUACUCUGUGAACGAUUGAGGGAGCCUGCAAUUCAAAUUGAGUAAGGUUUUGCUUAUUGAGCAGGACCAUGGAGGUUUCUUCAUCCGAGAUCGAUAAUAUUGAAGUUCCAGAUUCGUUUUCUGUCUCCCCUUUGCUGUUCAUCUUGGUUCUUUCCAGUUCAAAUCGAUUGUGUUCGUGUCUGUUUGGAUGCGUCUUCCGGCCUGCCAUAAAACUGGUGUAAGGUUAAACAUCUCCCACUUUGUCAAUGGAUCGGGGUACAUACAUCGCUAAAAACUUGACUACAAUCUCUUUAUUUCACGACGCAGAUCGUUAGGCAAGCCCGUUUUGCUCAAUUGUCGGCAAUCCGGCUUGUUUCCUGUUACGUCAGUGGAUCGCCGGCGACUAGCCGGUGAGAGAGAGAACAGCUUACUGGCAUUAAUUUGCCCGGCUUCAAUUAGCUUUUGUUACAAACCCUCAACUCAUUUUCGCUAUUUUAGUAUUGGCAACAUGCCUAAGUAGGUCCUUAAGGGCUCUUUUUUAAGAAGGAACUUAAAGAUUGGCUAACUCAAGAUUAGGGAUGGCAAUGGGGCGGGUUUGGGGCGGGUUUGCCUAAACCAUCCCCAUCCCCAUCUUCAAACACCCAAACCCAUACCCACCCCAUACCCAUGCGGGGAAUGUUUUGGAAACCCAUCCCCAUACCCGUGGGUUUCGGGUACCCAUGGGUAAUACCCAUCCCCGUACAUCCAACAUUAUUAUACCUAAAACUUACAAGAAAAGUUUUAAUUAUAA